ACGAUCCUAGCCGUACGUUUAGCACCCGAAGACUAAAACGAGAGCGCUAGAACCUUCGUCCCGAAACAGAAUACGCUUCCUAUAUAUACAAUUUCCCCUGCUGCUGUGCUCUGCAGUUUGUACUGAUAACUUCGACCAUUUCAAGCAAGCUUCAACUGUUUCUAGCAACUUCGAUCGUGUAAGGAAAAACUUUUCCUUCCCUUCAAUUUCAUAUACUAAUUUUCUCACUAACCAAACAGAGGGUGGAACAGAUCAAUUGUCGCCUAUAUAUACAAUUUCCCCUGCUUCUGUGCUCUGCAGUUUGUACUGAUAACUUCGACCAUUUCAAGCAAGCUUCAACUGUUUCUAGCAACUUCGAUCGUGUAAGGAAAAACUUUUCCUUCCCUUCAAUUUCAUAUACUAAUUUUCUCACUAACCAAACAGAGGGUGGAACAGAUCAAUUGUCGCCUAUAUAUACAAUUUCCCCUGCUUCUGUGCUCUGCAGUUUGUACUGAUAACUUCGACCAUUUCAAGCAAGCUUCAACUGUUUCUAGCAACUUCGAUCGUAUCAAUUCUCGCCAUGGCGAAAUGCUACCCGACUGUGAGCGAGGAAUAUCAGAAGGCAGUGGAUAAAUGCAAGAGAAAGCUCCGAGGACUCAUCGCUGAAAAGCACUGCGCUCCUAUAAUUCUCCGAUUAGCAUGGCAUUCGGCUGGUACCUUCGACGUGCAAAGCAAGACAGGAGGGCCGUUCGGGACCAUAAGGCACCCGGAGGAGCUUGCUCAUGAAGCAAACAAUGGCCUGGAUAUUGCGGUCAGGCUUUUGGAGCCGAUCAAGGAGAAGUUUCCGAUUCUCUCAUACGCAGAUUUCUACCAGUUGGCCGGAGUUGUUGCUGUGGAAAUUACAGGGGGGCCUGAUGUUCCUUUCCACCCUGGUAGACCGGACAAACAAGAACCGCCACCAGAAGGUCGCUUGCCGGAUGGCUCCAAAGGUUCGGAUCAUUUGAGGGAUGUCUUUGGUCACAUGGGUCUUAGUGACAAGGAUAUUGUUGUAUUAUCCGGUGGACACACAUUGGGUAGGUGCCACAAGGAACGUUCUGGAUUUGAGGGACCCUGGACAACCAACCCUCUCAUUUUUGACAACUCCUAUUUCAAGGAACUUCUUAGUGGAGAGAAAGAAGGCCUUAUCCAGCUGCCAUCAGACAAGGCUCUUCUGGAGGAUCCAGUCUUUCGUCCUCUUGUUGAGACCUAUGCCGCGGACGAGGACGCUUUCUUUGUGGAUUAUGCUGAAGCGCAUUUGAAACUCUCAGAGCUUGGAUUUGCUGAUGCCGAGUAAAGGGGGAUUCUAAAUAAGGCAGCGGUGGCUUGUGUGAUGUUUAAUUCUUCGAGAUCAGGCUGAAUAUAUGCUUGUAAAUUGUAUUAGUUGUUGGUGUGUGAUUUUCGGGCUAUGUCCAGUAAGCCUUUCUGUUGGUGAGUGUGGUAAUAAUAUGUGUUAAACUUGUGUGUAUGAUAAUGAUCCACAUAUUACGAUUAAUUAUAUGCUGCUUGCUUAUGUAAUAUUUAUUUCUAUGGGUUAUUUUAUCUAACAUGGUUAGAUGUAAAAUGCUGUCUGCAUAUUUGUAUCUUACUUGGAAAUGGUUAGAUUAAUCCAACGGUGUUGGGUCAUUGUUGUCUGCAUUUUUACAAGAAAUGCCAACUCUAAAGUGAUUGCAAGAGAAUUCACCAUCUAGAGAGAGAGAGAGAGAGAGAGAGAGAGAAACCAGAAGAUUUUCUAGCAAAAUUGUUCAUGCUGAUUACAAAAAUAGAUAGGGCUGAAGAUGAACAAUAUAGAAUAUAAAUGCAUACUUUAAAAUCGAAACAAUUGAAGACAAUUCAUAAAGGAAAGAUGGAUAACAAACUUCAUCAAAUGGAACUAGCAAACACAUGAUGAUUUUGCUGUUGGACUCGGAAGCUGCAAUUGCUGAUGUAGCUCAAUCAAGAAACUUUGAAAUAAGUAAUCUGGAUACAUAACAUCCAUCAACCCGACCCGGAUCAUCCAUCAGUAACCUCCAAAAGCAAUCAAAGGCUUUCGCAACGUCUGCUCUCUGUUUUCAGAUGAAAAUUUUAAGUCUAAGAAAAGAAAUUGCCUGUUAAAAUUAAUGGGUAAAGACUUAAGCUUGGUACUUCAACAGGACAACAAAAUUUCAAAAUAAAACUUAAUAAGCAAAAUAUAAUACAGAACUGUUGAAAAUGAUAAGGUAGAGUCCACGUGUUGGAAGAGGCUUUGCUUACAAAAGGGUUCAUCCCUCAUUGUAAUUGAUAGAAAUGAAUAAUAAGAAAAACAUCAGAUUCCUAUGC